UAGGUCAAAACUGGAGCUGUGGUGCUUAAUGUAGCUAUAGAUGCACGUUGUUUGGCCUGUUUAAAUUCAGGUUUAAAACAGUUAAAUGGGUUAUUGAUAAUUAAACAGUAGGAGGUUUCACAUGAAAAUAUGGAUUUCUGGUCUCUAUUAAAAAGUGGUUGAUCUCGCAAGAUAGGUUCAUAUAUUGGUCUUUAUUCUAAAAGCGUGAAGGAAUUUGGCAGGGAAACCCUAAUUCCUUAAUAAACCAGUCCAAAGGAAGUGUUGGUUUCAUUACCAGAGAAACCUUUCAUUGUGAGAGAGAGAGACAUCUUGGUGCAGUACCCAAAGCGUCCCACCUUUUAAUAAACGUUGAAUUAUAACAUACAUAAGAAAUAUAUAAAUCAUAGUGCUCAACUAAAUAAAAGACAACAUACCUGUAUAAUCAUCACUCAAGUCAAAAAAUAAAAAUUAUCAGUACACCCAGAAACUUCCUGUUUUGCCUCCCUCUCCAUCACUAGUACCCUCUCUUCUUUUCAACUAUAGACAUUUUAGUGUAUUUUUGCAUGAUUUUGCAUUUUAUAGAAAUGCAAUCAUACAAUAUGAACUCCUUUAUGUUUGUCUACUUUAAUUCAAUAUUUUUGUGAGAUUCAUCUACAUACACAUAUUUUUGUGUGUGUAUGUGUAUGUACAUAUAUAUUUGAUGGAUACAUUUUAGGUUGAUAUAGAACUUAUAUGGAAAUCAUAAACAUCAUAAUGGUUAUGUGGCAGAGAUUGAAGGGAGAGCAAUUGAGGAAGCUUUUUGUUGUAGUGUGGCUAUUAUUGUUAAUUUUCACCCCAUUCUAGUACUCUAGUAUAUGAAUAUGUGACCGUUUAUUUAUCCAUUUAAGUGUAGAUGGACUUUUUUUGGGGGGGCUAUUUUAAACAUAGCUUGGUGCACAUAUGCAUGCCUUUCUGUUGGGUAUAGGAGCUAACCUGCUUGGUCCUAAGGUGUGCAUCCCUUAAAUUUCAGUACAUAUUGUCAAAUAGUUUUCCAAGUGGUUUCCGCAAUUUAUGCUCUCACCAGCAUGACCUGAGAGAUUCAGUUGCUUCAGAUCCUCAGUAACAUUGGUAUUGUCCGUCUUUUAGUUGCAGCCUUUCUUUGACUAUGUAAAGGUAUUUCACUGUGGUUUUAAUUUGCAUUGCUUUUCUUGCCAGUUUAGCUGAGCACCUAUUCACGUGUUUAUUGGUCAUUGGUCCUCUACUGUGAAAUGCUAUUAAAGUAUUUUCUAUCCAUUUGUAAUUGAGUUGUCUGUCUUUCCUUACUAAUUUGUAGGAAUUCGUUAUAGAUUUGGGACAUAAGCUCCUGAAUUUGUUGUACAUGUUGCAACUAUCUUCUCCAGGUCUCUGUCGUGCCUGCCUUUCACUCUAAUACUGUCUUUUGAGUAAAACCAAUUGUUUAUUUUAUUUUAUUUUAUUUUAUCGUGAUAAGAACACUUAACAUGAGAUCUACCUGCUUACCAAUGUCUCAAAAUAUACAAGACGACAUUACAGGUCCUCUAUUUCAAGAUGUCUUGGCCUGACAGCACCGUCCCUCGGCCCCCAGCACCCCGCCCUGCCUCUCAAUCUGCCUCUGAGUCUACAGAAUCUCCCUCGCUCUUGGAUUCUCUCCCCCAGGAGCUUGCCAACCUCACCCACCUUCUGUACUGGCCUCUGACCCCAGAAGAUGAGGGGGACUUUUUGGCCUCCACCAGCCCCCAGGCCUCCACCUACCACCUGAGGGGUCCUGCCCAGACCAGCUAUGCCCUGAGAGGCUACCUGGAGGCCAUCCUUAUCGCCAGAGACCACCGGGGAAGACCCAAGACCCAUGGUGGGGAUCUGUUUCGGGCGCAGCUGUUGGGGCCUGACUUGAAGGCUGGGCUCCCUGGGGACGUCCAGGAUCUGGAGAACGGCACAUACUUGCUGUCCUUCCCCCUGCUCUGGGCUGGGAAGGCCCAAGUACAGGUGCGUCUGAUCCACUCCAGCGAGGCAGUUGGGGUACUGCGAAGAAUCUGGAGAGAGAAAAGGGCCACAGUUGAUUUUGUGGGCUACUUUCGGGGCCCCACAGGAACUGAAGAGACUGUGAUUUGCAAUGUUGACCCCCAGUCUACUGGAACAAGACGGCCUACCUGCCAGUACAGGGAUGUGGAUUCGGGUGAGCUCUGGUUCUGUGCUCAACCCUCUACCCUGCCUUGCAGCUCUUUAGUUGGGCACUCAAGUGGGCGUUACCUGAAAGUGACUACACCACAGGAUGAGGCCCUGCUGUCUUGGAACGUGACAGACAAGGUGCUCCCUCAGGGCAUUUCUUCAAUCCAGGUCAGAAUGGCAGCCCCAGGGAACAGCAGCCUGGCCCUGUCCGCACGGCCCCCAUGCCAUCCUGGGCUCCCGGCUACAAAACCCUCUGGCUUCUACCACCAAGAAGUGUGGCACUCGCUGUCCUGCUCCAGCCGCUCCUUCCCCACUGUUGACAGCAUCCUGGGCUGCCUGGCUGGCCAUGUUGUCCACAUGAUGGGAGACUCCACGCUUCGGCAGUGGUGGGAGUAUCUGCGUGACAAAGUGCCCUCCCUAAAGCCCAUGGAUCUACACGCCACAUAUCAGACAGGGCCCCUGAUGGCCGUGGAGACCACUCGGAAUAUAGUGCUACACUGGCGGGCCCACAGCUGGCCCCUGCGCUCCCUGCGCACACCAGUGGCCUCCCUGCACUCUGUAGCCCGAGAGCUGGGGGGCCUGGCAGGGGGCCCCCACACCGUGGUGGUGCUGGGGCUGGGCGCCCACUUCACCACCUUCCCUCCGUCCAUCUUUGCACGACGGCUGGCAGGGAUCCGGGCAGCUGUGGCUGCGCUGCUGGCCCGGGAGCCCCGCACUCUCGUGGUCAUCAAACUGGCCAACACUGGCUACAAGUCCGUAUAUGGCAGCGACUGGCUCACCCUGCAGGUGAACCGGCUCCUCCGAACUGCCUUUGCCGACCUCCGUGUGGCCUUUGUGGAUGCCUGGGAAAUGACCUCCAGCCUGGCGGUGCCCGACAACAUCCACCCAGGAAGGCUCAUCGUCGGCAAUGAAGUGGACCUCCUCCUGUCCUUCGUCUGCCCCACCUGAGCGCUUCUGCGGGUCUUGGCACUGUGUGGAUGGAGAAGCUGGAGGGGUGAUCAAGCCUGCAGGCCCUUCCCUGAGCGGACUGUACCCCUUCCCUGACCUCUUCCUAAUGAACAGGCCAUAAAAUCAACCAGCAGGAAUUGGGAUGUGGGUGGUGGCCGGGGAGAGCAGCCUAGCAGUGGUCCAGUGCAACUUGAGAGGUUUAGUUCCCACAUGGAAAAGCAGUGCUAAGAGGGUGAGGGUAGGGACAGAGCUGGCAACAUCUAAUACAUCAGUACAUCUAGUACAUCCAGUAUAGGAGGAUUGUCAUUUCAUGUGUUGGAGUUUCUGUGUGGAGUGUCAACAAGCCUUGCAAAGGCCUAAGACACGGAUUCCAUUUCAG